AAAAAGGCUCCAAAAAGUACCGAUUGGAGCUAAAGGAUAUUUAUAGAUAAGCAGUUCAUGCAAACACUGCGAUAAAAAUCCACACACCAAUCUCUGAGCCCAUCCCACCAAACAUCCCAAGGAAGCAGUGAAACGACACAUUGUAUCAUCGAGCCACUGACGGACAACAAGGGAGAGUGGGAAGCGUAAAAAUAGAUGGAACGAGAAGAGAGAGAGAAUAGGAGGAUAAGGCAGAUUUAAGGCUUCUUUAAAAGGAAGAGUCUCAAUAAUCUGCUUACAGCCCUGAAGGAAGAAGACAGAAAGUAGAGAGGCAAAAAAGGAACUUUGAAGAAAAAAAGAGGAGUAGACUUGGAGUAGGGAGACAGAAGCUCGUGGAGGCACUCCCUCGGUGCUGCUGGUCUCUCCACCUUCAUCAACAGUGUCCUCCUCCAUCGCUGGUCCAAUCCAAUAAAUCCAAUUCUCAUAAUAGCAGAGCAAUCGUUUAUGGACCAUGUUUGCAGGAUGCCACCAGGGCUGAGCUAUGGGCCUAACUGAAAGCGUUACCAGCUGCCAUUAAGAUUUAUCUCAACGUAAGAAGAAACGAAGUUUAGAAGAUUUAAAAGGAAAAGGAGACCUCUAGAAAUCCUCUAACCACUAAAUGUAAAGAGAUACAGUGAAAAUGGAGAAACGAGGAACGUGGAAGCAAAGAUGAUCAGAGAGAAAAUGUCAUACAAUGAAAAGCAGACUUACUGCAGCAAGGAAGACAGUUUGAAAUAAGAAUAAUAUGAAGUGACCAAGUAGAAUAAAAAUAUAUGGGAAAGACUCGAAACAUGGGACUUUGCACCCACAUAGCUGUUGGAAUUGUCUUUUUUGGGGGUCUUUUAGUUUUAUGCCAAACCCAUCGUGCUCGACGCCCUCCGAGGUGGAAGUGUCCUACAUCCUGCAAUUGUUCCAGUGAUAAUGUCCUAUGUGAUGGAGUCCCCUCCAUACCAAGCAGCUACUCCUCAGACAUCAUCUCAGUAUCUUUUAGAAGAUGUGUCUUUACCCAUAUCCCACCUGGGAGUUUCGCUCCUUCCCAAACCUUGCAGAUUCUAUUAUUUACAACAAGUACCUUCGAUACAAUUGCUGAUGAUGCAUUUCUAGGACUCAAACACUUGGAAUAUUUGUUUAUUGAAAAUAACAAAAUCCGAUCGAUUUCUGGCAAUGCGUUCCGGGGUUUGAAAUCACUUGUCCAUCUGAGCCUGUCCAAUAAUCAUCUGAAGUCUCUCCCACAAGGCUUGUUUCUGAACCUGCCGGCUGUCAAACACAUUGAUUUACGUGGGAACAGUUUUCAUUGUGACUGUCAAAUCAAAUGGCUGGUGCAGUGGAUGAACGGAAAUGGGAAGAACGUGGCCGUGUGGCCUCCUUUGCCAUGUGCUGAGUCUUCAAAGCUUGGCGGACGCAACCUUACUGACCUAACAGUAAAUGACUUCUACUGUGUGGCCAGCAAUAUCAUCCAGAGGUGGACCUUCAAGCUACCAUCAUUGUCUGUCCAAUCCUUCCAAUAUCUCUCUGAUCAAUACGUUGUGAUCACUCAUCCCUUUGAAGGACGUUGCACCUUCAUGGAGUGGGACCACGUGGCGUAUGUCUUUAGACAGUAUAACAGCAUCAAAGGUGUUUCUAUUGUUUCCUGCAUGCCUGUAGUUAUUGGGGAUCAGCUCUUUGUUGUUGUGGCUCAGUUAAUUGGAGGCUCAUCUAUCUAUCGUUGGGACCCAAACCCUGGAGCCAUCUCUUCAUUCCGUCUCUUCCAGAAGCUGCCUGAUACCCGUAAGCCCAAUGAUGUGGAAUAUUUUAGAUCAGGAGAAGAACACUACUUUAUAAUUGCUGAUAGUGCUAAAUCUGGAGCCAGUACCAUAUACAGAUGGGAUGGGCGUGGGUUCUACACUCACCAAAAGCUGCCUCAUUGGUAUCGUGACACUGAUGCUGAACCCUUGCUCCUCUCAGGAUCCACACAUCUUAUCAUGAGCAGUGGUUCCCAGAGGCCUCUUGUAUAUCGGUUUGAAGACAAACAUCUCAGACGCCUCACUGAUAUCCCUGAAGCUUGGGAUGUGUACGCGGUGAAGCAUUUCACCGAUCCAGAAGAUGGUGUCUUUGCCUGUUUGGUGAGUUAUAUUGGUGAAUCGUCCCUAGUUCGCUGGGAUGGAUCAAUGUUUCGUCAGCUCCAGCAAUUGCCCUCUAGAGGAUCCCAUGUUUUUCAACCUCUGAUGCUGGGCAACAAAUGGCACACUUUUCUGGGGCACGACUUUGGUUAUGCAUAUGUAUACCAGCUGGAGAAAUGGAAGCACUGGGAGGUUGAGGAAGUGAGUGAAGGAGAAGGACUGAAAGGGCCAUUAGUGCAGUUUCAGGAGCUCCGUGUCUUGGCGGCUCGAUCUUUCGCCACUGUACAAGUGAGAGGCAGGCAGUUUGUCUUUGUGGCAAGUUUUGGAGGGGAUACAAUGGUAUAUGAAUAUGUGGAAUAUGAAAACAAUGUAUAAUUAUGUUAAGUUUGGAAGUAGGUUAUGACACCUGUCCGCUCUUGAAAUUAUUAAACACCAUGUAUCCACAUAAACCAAACUGAGAAGAACAGAAGCAUUUGGAAGAUCUGUUUAGGUAUAGCAAUGAGGUGCCAUCUUGGCCAGUGUUUUAGGCUGGUAUGGUCCAAUGAAGGGCUAUGCUUCAUGGAUGUCAAUUGUGUAGGGGAUAACACAAUUCAAAUGGAGAAUAUAUUGGGAAAAAUUUUAACAUUUGGGAUCAAAACUUAAAAUAAAGAAUAAAAAAGUGCAUUUUUUUCAGCAGUUCACACCAAAAACCUGUAAAAUGAGCAUUAGUGAGUUCUCUUGGUCAUUGAAAUUUAAAACUUGAUUAUUUCCUGAGAAUAUUUAGCAUUAAAUAAACGGCAAAUAUAACAAAAGAGGGAAAUGCUAUGUACUAUUAAUUCUCUAAAUAUGGUUGUAUAUACUGAAAAAAGACAAUAAAUCGCACAUUUUUAUAGUAAUCCUUUUUAAAGCCAUAUUAUUGAAUGUCCUGGGUUUAUAUCUGUGUGUAACUUUGUGUGCUGCUUUGUCCCAUCACAGCUGAUUCUUUAAAGCACUCUGUGAUUUUUCUGAAUAUUGUAAACAAUAUUAUGCACUGUUUCUUAAAAACAACAACUAUUAGCUUGGAAUUUUGCCAUUUUUGGGUAAUAUGUAUUAAUUGAAAAAUAAAUUCCAAAAUGUUUAUGCAGUAAUUGUCAAGUUUGGAAUUAAAAUGUAGGAUAAAACGUGAACUUCAGUGGAAAUCCAAUUCUGGACCCAAAAUCACAGGAAUUCCAUGAAAUUAGAAAUUUUGCUGCCGUCAUUUCCGUAAUUUGCUCGAAGAAUUUACCGUACUGCAAAUUUCCGGUUCUUAAACUCUUCAAUCAUCCAGAGAUCCACAUGAAUAUGAACAUUGGAUGCAAUAUUGUACUUUAAUAUGUGCAAAAUAUAGCAAAAUAUUGAUAAUUCACCAUGGGUUAAUAACCUGAGUGAUCGUGUCACCAUAUGCUGCUAAAGAAAUGUUGCUGUGAAUUUAUGUGUCCAUUUAGAACAGUUUACUAUGAGAUUGUCUUUGACGGGUAAAGGGUAAAUGUGUGAUCCUGCCUUGUCCCCCCUGCAUUAACAUGGACUCAUAUUAUCCAUUGCCUCCAGCUGAGUCCACUAGAUGGCAGUAAGUCCUCCGAUUCACCAUGAUCUUUGUAGAAUGAGUUGACUCUUCUCCAGAUACCUGAUGUUAAAUUAUAUAAGGACAAGGAACAGGACAUUUCACAGCAUUGAUCAUUAUCUUCAUUCAGAGCUUUACGCGAUGUAUUCUGCACUCUAAAUACAGUUAUUGGUUCUAACCGAAUUGUCAUUUUAUUGUUUGUAUUCUUCCACAUUUCCGGUGUUUUUUACGUUAUCUGAAACCCACUGAAAUCUCUGGUGAGCAGGACAUCUUCCGAGUACUUUGAGAAUUGGCUCAAUGGUUUCAUAUCUUACACUACAACCUGCUCUAAGUAGAACUCAUAGUGUCGGCAGUUUCGUUUUUGGACUACAAUGAAUACACUCUAAUAAGUUUGAGUUGUACUUUUAAAGAAGACUUCGGGGUAAAACACCUUCAUAUUUUCUUCACUGGAAAUUGUGGAGAAUUAACAAGGGAAUGGUUAAAUUUAGGCUCAAAAUGAACUACACUAAAAAAUGUCCCAACUCAGCUAUUAUUCCGACUCAGUUGUUUUUGCCUAAAAUGUGCAAUAAACAUGUUAUUUUCAUUAA